UUGAUCUUGGAUGAAUUAUGGCUGUGGUAAUUUAACUUUUUUGUUGAGUAAAGAGGGCCUGAAAGUCUUUUGUUACAUUUAUUUCUUGUUUCGUGACUCUUGUGAUGGUUCCAUUUUAUGUACUAGUUGAGUGAUUUCAUCUCACUAUGUCACCUGCUUUUUGAUAAUGCAGUCAAUGCUGAUCUUUACCGCAAACUUGGUAUCCCUUUUCUUAUGGGGACUACUGGUGGAGACAGGCAAAUGUUGUACAAAACAGUCCAAGAUGCAAAUGUUUAUGCAGUAAUCUCUCCGCAAAUGGGAAAACAGGUGUUUAACAAAAUUUAUCUGAAAAGAUGUGUUGUCAAUCUUUUAUAUUAAGUAGAAUCCCUAAAAAUAGUUAACCCAUAAUUCAGUCUUUCUUGUUUUAUUAGGUUGUUGCAUUUCUUGCAGCCAUGGAUAUCAUGGCCGAUCAGUUUCCUGGAGGUAUAUGUAAAAUCUUCACAUUGUUACAAUUUCCAAGAGCACAAAGGAAAAUUGCACUAAGACAGAAAGAGGACUGAGUAGUUUCUCUUAUGUUUAACUAGGAAAAGUGUGAUGGAGUCGCACCAAGCAAGCAAACUGGAUACUUCUGGCACAGCUAAAGCUGUCAUUUCAUGUUUUCAGAAACUUAGUGUCACAUUGGACAUGAAGCAGAUUAAACAGAUCAGAGACCCUAAGAAGCAACUUGAGAUGGUGGGUGUCCCUGAAGAGCACCUCUCUGGUCAUGCAUUUCACAUGUAUCAUCUCACAUCACCUGAUGAAACAGUUUCCUUUGAGUUCCAGCAUAACGUCUGUGGUCGCUCGAUCUAUGCCGAGGGAACCAUUGAUGCUGCCAUUUUUCUGUUCAAGAAGGUCCAGUCCAAGGCUGACAAAAGAAUAUAUGACAUGAUCGAUGUCUUGCGAGAAGGAAACAUGCGAUGAUAAAUUUUUUGCCGUGAGCUGUAUUUGCAGUUUAGGUCUUAAAGUUUGUCUUGUAUCUUAAGUUUAGAUUGGAUCAACAGGACUUGGAAUUUGAUGAUAACUGAGAUUUUAUCUGCA